AUAUUCUGUAGGUAAUAAAUUUAUUUUGAAAAGUUCGGUGGUGUGAAAUGACAUUGUAUUCUGUUUAACUAAGUAUAGAUAGGUACUAACUUUUUACUUACAAUGUUUGUUUUUGAUAUGUGUGACAAAUAUAGACUUAGUCGUUUUAUCACAAUAAACAGUAAUAGACAGCUCAGAACAAUUGAGCUUACAAAAAUAUUUCCUGUCAUAUGUCAUUAGAGCUAUUAAGUAGUACAUUGAUUUCAUUGCCCUUAUCGCAAUUUUAUUGCCAUUAAAAUUUUCAAUAAUGCAUAAAAAUUGUAGCUUUAAUACUUUGGGUUUGGAUUAUUUAUGUUGGUUACCGCGGAACAGACAUCGCCAAGGUGUAUCUUGAAAUAAAAAUUGUGAAAUUUAAAGUGUCUAAUGGUUUCGCAGAGUCUUUAUUUUAUAGCAAUAUCGAUAAUUUUAGUUCUGUUGCUCUUUCUAUUGCCUCUACCUUCCACAAAACAACAUUAUUACGAAGCAACAACUCAAGCGGCUUUAGCUCAAAUUCCGGUGAAGUUUCUUAAAGUGAUUAGGAAUGACUCGGAAUCAGUUAAGUUUCUGAAUGUGACGGCGAACUCCUCUGAACCAGUUUUAUUUCGAGAUUUAUAUACGUCCGGACAUGACAACCCUCACCCAGAACUGUGUCCGUAUUUAGGCAUGAACCUACGUUUGAUGAUACUAAUAACAUCAGAUCCGUCGCAUUUCAAAGAAAGGAUCGCGAUCCGAAUGACCUGGAGACACUACGCGGCUCGCGCAGAUGUUUCUACUGGAUUUUUCCUCGGCUAUCCCCCGAGCAACCUCAAAUCUGACAUCGAAGCUGAAGACAAGUUGUACAAGGACAUCAUAUUUGGCAGAUUCGUCGAUUCUUACUCCAAUUUGACGUUGAAAACUGUAUCUAUGCUAGAAUGGGUGGAUACUUACUGCUAUCUGGUUCCUAAGAUGUUGAAAACUGACGAUGAUGUUUUCGUCAAUGUUCCGAAUUUGUUGCGUUUUUCCGAUGCGCGAUUGAACGCUACAAGAACUAUUUGGGGAGUGGAGAGUAAGACUCGCAAGGUGGAAAGGAAACAUAAACAUUUCGUUCCGCGAACUCAGUAUCCAGGAGAUGUUUUCCCCAAAUUUGUAGUGGGGCCAGCGUACUUGAUCACGAGUGACUGCAUAAAAGACAUAUUAGUGGCAGCUCCGAACAAGACAUACCUUCGUCUUGAAGACGUGUUUGUCACGGGUGUCCUCAGAAAAGAAUUAGGGAUAAAACGGCAGAUUAUAGAAGAGUUCGGACAUUAUAAAGGGUAUGUUUUCAAGCCAUGUGUAGCUAAGAGGAAGAUAGCUAUUCAUUCUGUUACAUAUCAUGAACAGUUUCAUUAUUGGCGGACUCUUCAUACAGGGAAAAUGAAGUGUUUGAGCUGA